AUGAACACCGUCUACGUGCUCUUCGUCCGGCUGGGCUACCAGAACGUGCUCCAGACCAUGGGCUGCCACCUGUCCCAGCAAGUGAAUGGGAACGAGGUGAAGAGGCAGGGAACUUUGUUCAGUGCUGAAACCGAGCUGGCCGAGAAGAGACCGAAGGAGACCAACGUCAGGGAAAAGGGUGACGUUCGAGAAUCUGAGGAGACGCAUGGGACCAAGGGCAUUCGGGACACUAUGAGCGUAACGGAGCAGCCGAAAAUGAAGGUUGGCUUCAGGGACACCGCCAUGGGCUCGAUGGAACCUGAGCUCGAUCCAGACAGGGGACGUGUCCAAAAAGAAGAACAAGGUGGAACCUUCCUUGGAAGGGCGCUUGGUAAAACCAUGUACAAGGAGGUGGAGCUCGACUCCCAUGCAAUCGACCGCCACCGGAGCUUCGUGACACCGCUUCCGUUGAUGCCAAUGCCGCCAUUCCCGGAGGUCGAGAAUGUCCAUGCUGGUGAUGGCUGGGGAGUGAUGUGGAAGCCCGUUCCGCAAAAAGAGGACAUGGGUCCGACAUGGCCACGCGGGUGUUGGAAGAUCAAGACUCCAACGCGCAGGCCACAACGUCUUGGCAUCCCUUGCUCCGAUGGAACCCAUGAAAAGAUUGCGGCCAUGGAGGUGAUGGGAAAGAUGCCAAUGUCAAUGAGAACUCCGUUGUUGCGACAAAGCAAUGACUUAUGCCUUUGGGACAGGAUUGCUAUGUUCCACGGAUGGGCACGACGGCAUCAGCGAGGAAUUGAUGUUGUCCGGGAACCCCAUGAACAACCACAAGGUCUUCUUGGACUACCACAAGAACUGCUUGAACAACCAGGGAUUGUCUACCAGCGUUGGACUGGAAACCAGGUCAUGGCCAGCCAACUCAAAGGAUCCAAGGUGGACGUCCUGAAUUCUCCCAAGGAGAUCAAGCAGGCCAUGCUGGACGUUCUGCUGUUCCUCAUGGUGACAGGCCUGGCAAUCUAG